AUGUCGCUGUCCCGCUGCGCGGCGCGGGGCGCCCAGCUCGGGGAGGCUGUUUCCCGCGUAGCGCCUCCCGGGGACCCUGAUGAUGCCCCACCCCCCAGUAGUAAGCGGCCCCGUCUAAAGGGGCCCGGCAGUGCCUCUGAGGUGGAGUGGAGGCUCCCUUCGGCACCUCGCUUGUCUGAGGCGGAAAAAGUCUGGCCGUCGCCGCCCAGAGCCUUCAGGGCGCCCCUUGUCUCAGCGGCCGUGCUUCUGGAUCCCUCCACGGACGCGCGUGCGGAGAGCCCAGUCAGUGGGGCGCACGUGUGUAACCUGCCGAGGUGCCAGGACGGCAAGUGGGAGAUGAGCAGUCGCGUGCAGCCUCUGCCCUCAGCAAGUCCAGAUGGGGGCGUGAGGGCUCCCGGAGGGUCUCGUGAAGCGGGGCCGCGCGGCCCCGAGGCCCAGGGCGGGCCGCUUCCGUCCGCCGCCGCCGCCGCCGCCGCCGCCGCCGCCGCGCGCAGUGUCCCUGGAGGCGCGAAAAAGGCGGCUGGAGGACGGUUCUCAGUCCGAGGGAGAGACGGCAUUCAGGAAGGCCGCGGUUAUGUAAAACAGACAGAAAACCUAUUCUUGGGUAUUACCCUCAGCAGGGAAAUCAAAUCAGCGUGUCAUGACACGAAGAGCAGAGGUAGGGCCGACACUGUUACGCCAGCAAAUAGGAAAGAAAAUAACGUUUCGGCAUCUACGUUACAUGUAUCGAAAUCUCCAACCCAGCCCAGCAUGGAAAUUGCCAGACCCAGCUAUUUUGGAGAUCGCAGCACAAUAAGUAUCCCUGAGUUUCCAACGGAUUUAAAUAGCAAAAUGUCCUCUGUCUAUUUAAAGGGGAUUGCAAAGAAAGAGAAUGACAAAAACGAGGCAUAUGUUAGGGAUUUCACAAACAUUUACUGGUCCCAAAAUAGACCCGAUGUUAAGAAGCAAAAGUUACAGGAUGGUAAAAACAUUGCGGAUGCCGAGGGAGAAGAUAUUUUUUCUGCAUGCUAUGAAAGUAACCACCAGUCACUCAGCAACCAAAAUAUUUGUGUGAGAAAAGGAGACUUGAUCAGUUUCAACUACUAUAACCACAGUAGCAUCAAAUCUGAUGUAACAGGCUCCGGAAAGAGUAUCACUAGGAUACUAGGGAAUGCAAACUCGAAAGCAGCAGAAACAUGCUUGGACGUUGACAUAUUUACCAGAUUAGAGAAAUCUCAGAGCCGGGACUAUGACAUUAAACACGUUUUGGAAAAGAGGGAAGGUUGUCUGAUUAUAGAGACUUACAAGACUCAAAGUGAAAAUGUUAAAAAAACUGGAGAAAAAUCGAUUUUUCUACGAUUAUUAGAAAUAGAUCUUUUAAGCAAAGAAGGUUAUCACCAUGCAGAAGCCAUAAAUACACAUGAAAAACAAUUAAAGCCUCUCAUGAUUGGAACACUUGGUAGCCAAAAUGCUUUAAUGAUUUUUUUCGGGUUAAAGGGUGAAGGAGAAAAUAAUAAUAUGGCACAGUUAAGAUAUUAUACGGCACAAGAAGGCUCUCAUUUAGGCAAUAUUUUUGAGAGUCUCAUUAUGGCAAUUUUUUAUUUUCGUGAACAUAUUUCAGGAAAUCGAAAAGGUGACAACAUUUUAACCUGGUGUGAAAUUUUCAAAGAUAAGAAACAAAUUAGUCUUCAAAAUCUAAUAACUAAGAUUAUGAAUGUCAAUAGAAAGAAUAUGUUAAGCAUACAUUUGCAAACCAGUGUCUCAAAACCUCUAAAUAGUAUAUUGAAAACCAACAUAGCUUCUUUGCUUAAUAGCUUUGACGCUUUAAAAAGAAUUGAAAAUGGUUCUAAAUUAGAGGAGAAAUGCAUUGCCAAGUCGAUAAUGCCUUUGCAUUAUUCAAAAAAUAUUCUAGAGGAAAAUCAUACUGUAAAUCUAGGAAGGAUUUCAACUUUUUCAAGACAAUUAGGAGAUAUGAAACCUAUAUUAGAAAAAAGAAAGUUACUUAAAAGUGAUCAAAUUUUUGAAGAAUGUAAGAAAAAACCCAUAAAUUCUUUCAGUCUGACAACUAAAAACAAACCUUUUCCAACUUUUGAAACAUACAAAAAAUUUCCUCUUUCAAUGGAUUUUGAUGACGGGGAUGAAAUUUCUUUGACAAAAGAAAUUUAUGAGACUAAGAAUUGUCCUGAACAAUUCACAAAUGACAAAAAUUGGGCUCACCGUAGUCCUAAUACUGUUGAAACACUUAAGUCUGGUUCUAUAUUUAAACGGAACAGCCACAGAUAUACUAAUGAAAAAUUUUAUAAAAUAAAUAUGUACAAUCAAAAUUUAGAUAUUGAAAGAAAACUGGAGCGUAAUAAGAUAAGUAGCUUUAAUUUUAAGUGCCUAUUUGAAGAUUUCUUCAAUACUAGGCAACAGGCCAUACCAACAAACCACAAUGUAAAACAUAGUGAACAAACCAAUCCUAGGAGUGUAAUUGAAUUGCUAAAUUUUGGGAGCUUGCAAAGUGAAACCAAAGAAAAAAAACAUGACUCAAUUUUGAAGGCAGAAGCAAAUGAAACGGCACAAAGUUUAACAAACAGUGUUGAAGUUAACAAAGACACUAAGGUAGAAAAGGAAGAGAAAAAUAAUUUUUACUCAAUGGAUGGCACGUUUUCUGUGCAACCAAUUUCACUAAAGAGUAAAAAAGUGAAUGCGGAAGAAACUAAAUAUGUUCAUCAAAAUAAUGAAGCUGAUAGAAAUGAAGAUGAGGGUGUUCUGCAAGAAAGUGAGUUAGCUAAUUCAAAGCACUUUCAUCCAAAGAAUGACUCUUCAGAAUGUGUUAUUCAUCAAUUUGAAACUGACUUGAGUCUAGGGAACAAUGAAUGUUUUCCGGACUUAAAUGCUGAGUGUUUAUCAACAGAAGCUCUGACAAUAGCAAACGAUUUUGAGAUGAAGAGUAAAUUUGAUUUAGUACUUGCAGAACUUCAUAUGUUUCAUGAAAUCAGUCAGGAAAGCAAAAAUCUAAGCGCUGUAGGAACACACAAUGGGCAAGAGAUUUACUUUAGAGAAAAUAAUGAUAUUAAGGAGGUAAAAGUGGAGAUAAAAAAAGAUUUGCCAACGGUUACAGUCAACAAAAUAUGUGAGUCUUCUUUGCUCUGUCAGAGUAUAACAUGUCCUAAUACUCCUAAGAGACACCAAAGUUCAUUUAAAUGGGAAAGAGCACCGGAUCACGGAGAACAGGAAGUUCCGAAUGAAUAUAGCCGUCCAAGAACAUUGGACGAAGAAUUGCUUUAUCCCAUUUCCAAGGAAGACUGCGAGAAACCUUCACCUAAAAGGUCUGCUUUUUUCUCCGAUGAACUUGAGGAAAAAUUUAAUUAUUUGCUGAAGGGAGGUAGUAAUUUUUCACAUGGGAUUUCAAGAGUACUACCUCUUAAGACAUGCAGUCGACCAAUCAGAAUUGGUUUGUCAAGAAAAGCUAAGCUUAAACAACUUCAUCCCUAUCUGAAAUAAAUGCUUGAGAACUUAAAAGAAGACGCUGGACUUUAAUAUUUCAAAACAUUUCACAAAAUUUAUAAAUCUUUUGUCUGUUAAUUUGGUUAAAUGCUUUCUCCGAGAUUGGGAGUUUUGAACUUUAUUUAUU